AUGAAAAUACUAUAUAAUGCACAACUUCAACACCUACAUCUUACCAACUCUCUCUUACUCUCUAUCUCUCUAGUUGAUCAUCAGUUCAAUGGCUAUUUCCACAUUGAAUAUUGAGACACUAGAGAGUCUAGGAACAGCCCAAUACGGAAAUUCGAAAACUCAUACAGAAAAACCAACCAAAACCAAAAACUGGCUAAUGAUCAUUAUAAAUUGUGCCUUCGCUACUAUUGGCGUUGUAGGAGGUCCUCUCUUAGUGAGACUGUACUAUCUUCAUGGUGGUAAUCGUAAAUGGCUUACUAGCUUUUUGCAAUCUGCUGGUUUUCCAAUUCUCAUAGUUCCUCUCAUAUUCCUCUUCAUUCAAUCGAAACUAUUGACCCGAAAAAAUGAUCAAAGUUCGCCUUUUUCGUAUAUUGAACCGAAGUUGUUUCUUUCAAGUGCUGCAAUUGGAGUUCUUUUUGGUGUUGAUAAUUUCAUGUACUCGUUGGGUUUAUCUUAUCUUCCUGUGUCGACUUCUACACUUCUCUUUGCAACUAACCUAUGUUUUAUUGCAUUUUUUUCAUGGUUAAUUGUGAAACAAAAAUUUACAGCAUUUAUUAUAAAUGCAGUGGUUGUGAUGACACUUGGAUCAGUCUUGUUGGGUAUUAAUAUCGAUGGUGAUAGACCAAUCGGGGUAUCAAAAUCUCAUUAUUUAUUGGGGUUUAUUUUGACGUUAGUGGCUGCUGCUUUAGCUGGGUUAAUAAUGCCUUUGAUUGAACUUGCUUUCGGUAAAGCAAUUAGGAACCUUACCUAUUCAAGUUUGCUGCAGUUCCAGCUCGUUCUUUCGCUUUUUUCAACCAUUGUUUGUGGCAUUGGCAUGCUAGUAAACAAGGAUUUUCAGGCUAUACCAAGAGAAGCAAAUGAGUUUGAACUUGGCAAAGCCAAGUAUUAUAUAAUAAUGGUUGUGACCGCAAUAAUAUGGCAAUUCACAGCUGUUGGAAUCGUGGGCGUGAUAUUCUACACAAGUGCUCUUUUCAAUGGUAUAUUCGGAUCAGUCCUAGUCCCAUUUACAGGAGUAGCAGCCAUCAUAUUUUACCAUGAAAGUUUCACAGGAUUAAAAGGAAUGGCAUUGGCAUUAUGUCUUUGGGGUUUCUGUUCUUACUUUUACGGAGAAUACAAGAUGAGGAAGAAGGUGAUCAAUAAUGAAACCCCUGAAACAAUUGACAACGUCGAAAAUGAGCCUAGAAAGUCGGAUGAUCAUGAACAACCAUUAAUUGUAUGAAACAAGUGUUAAAUAUAUGGUACUGUAAAAAAAACUUAGUUUUAUGAUAAAUGAGUCCCUGGUAAGUUGUCCAUAUUUAUGGUCGGCUCAAUUGUAAUUGUUACUCCGGAAUUGUUCUGAUACUCACAAAGCGUCCUGUUAUUUCAAUUAUAGCUGCCUAAACUUAAAUGUUCAAAAUGAAAGUCUAUCAAAUAAUCAAAAGCAUUUACACUUGGAAUGAAGUUGUUUUCAGUUAACGAUUUUCAACCAAAGGAAAAUCAAUAGCA